GCUCUGGUCCGCUCCACGGUAUGGGGGGUGCCUAAUCCUGGAGCCGCAUUCCAGGAUAAGGGGGGUGGGGAGAGGCUGCGCCGGGGGAGGGGCAGGAAAGAGGGCUAUAAGGGCCGCGGCCCAGACGGCCUGGGCGGGCGGGAGCUAGGCGGGUCAUGGCGGAUGUCCCGGGGGCGAUGCGACCGGUUCCCGGCGGCGGCCCAGAGCCCCGGGACCCCUUGGACUGCUGGGCCUGCGCUGUGCUGGUCACGGCCCAGAAUCUGCUGGUGGCUGCCUUCAAUCUUCUCCUGCUGGCGCUGGUGCUGGGGACCAUCCUGCUACCCGCUGUGACCAUGCUAGGCUUCGGUUUCCUCUGUCACUCCCAGUUCCUGCGCUCCCAGGCUCCCCCUUGCACCGCGCACCUGCGGGACCCGGGCUUCACGGCCCUGCUGGUCACCGGAUUCCUGCUCCUCGUGCCGCUGCUCGUGCUUGCCCUGGCCAGCUACCGCCGCCUCUGCCUGCGCCUCCGCCUGGGCGAUUGCCUCGUGCCCUACAGCCGAGCCCUCUACAGGCGCCGGCGCGCCCCGCAGCAGCCGCGGCAAACCCGGGCCUCACCAGGGUCCCAGGCCGUCCCCACAUCAGGAAAGGUCUGGGUCUGAUCUGAGGACUCUCAAGUCAAGAACAACCCUGACCACUGCCCUCUCUCGCUGUUGGCACAAGGACUUGAAGCCCGGGGGUCUCCAGACUUACCCUGCCCCCACUCCUGCCUAAGCCGAGUCCUAGCGACCCCUUGGGGAGCAGCAUCUGUGGACCCAAUGCUGGUGAAAAUUUGCCACACCCUAGAAAACCUACUUUCUUCUCACUACCCAUAUCUAAAUCCUGAACAUCUGGGCUGGACCCUGCAUACCCUCUGCUCUCCUUGUGAACAGGACAACGGAACCUCGUGUUCUCCUUUUCCGGUGCGGCUCCUCUAGUAUUUACGGGCUGCGGGGCGAGGUUGGAGGGAAAGGAGUCAUCCCACAUCAAUAAAGAAUUAACGAACUGAA